UUGAGAAUGCCAAAGAUGGGCUCAUUAGUCACCCUGACGGGUGGUUUAUCGUCAUUCAGCUGUCGCACAUGGCUCGAAUUCUACACGUUGACAACAACUCGGACCCGAACACAAGGCAAUACUUGUCGAACUAACUCUGUUUGGUAUAAACCGAGGAAGCCCACGCCCAUCAUGUCGGGGAUUGUCGAAAAGAUCGCGGAGAUUGAGGCCGAGAUGGCCCGCACGCAGAAGAACAAGGCCACGGCUGGCCAUUUGGGCAUGCUCAAGGCCAAACUGGCCAAACUUCGGCGAGAGUUGAUCACACCGAAAUCUCAGGGAGGAGGAACAUCCGAUGGCUUCGAGGUGGCGAAAACCGGAGACGCGAGGAUAGGGUUUAUAGGAUUUCCGUCUGUGGGCAAAUCGACGUUACUAAGUAACCUGGCCGGGGUCUAUUCGGAAGUGGCUGCCUAUGAGUUCACGACCCUGACCACGGUACCCGGGUGUAUCAAAUAUAAGGGUGCCAAGGUUCAGUUGCUCGAUUUGCCUGGGAUCAUUGAAGGUGCCAAAGAUGGCAAAGGUCGUGGGCGUCAAGUCAUUGCGGUGGGCAAGACGUGCAGUCUGAUUUUCAUCGUUCUUGAUGUGCUAAAGCCUCUACAGCACAAGCGGAUCAUUGAGAAGGAAUUGGACGGCUUUGGAAUCCGAUUGAACAAGAAAGCACCCAACAUCGGCUUCCGCCGUAAAGAGAAGGGUGGGAUCAACCUACAAUGCUUGGUGCCUCAGUCCGAGCUCGACAUCGAUUUGGUCAAAACCAUCCUGGGCGAGUAUCGGAUUCAUAAUGCCGAUGUGACUCUGCGAUUUGACGCUACAUCAGAUGACUUGAUUGACGUGGUGGAAGGCAAUCGAACCUACGUGCCCUGUAUUUACUUACUCAACAAGAUCGAUCAGAUCAGCAUUGAAGAACUAGAUAUUGUGUGUCAAAUUCCCCACUGUGUGCCAAUUUCGGCUCAUCACAAGUGGAACUAUGAUAGCCUCUUGGAGAAGAUGUGGGAAUACCUGCAGCUCGUCCGGAUUUAUACCAAACCCAAGGGCCAGUUGCCAGACUAUGAGUCUCCCGUUGUCCUCCAAACAGACCAUUGCACAUUGGAAGAUUUCUGUAACAAGAUCCAUCGCACAAUCAUCAAAGAGUUGAAGUAUGCGCUCGUUUGGGGAUCUUCGGUGAAACAUCAGCCUCAAAAAGUGGGCAAAGAUCACGUUCUGCACGAUGAAGACGUUGUUCAAAUAGUGAAGAAGAUCUAAGUUCCGAUGGGCAAAUUCCGAGCGUCCUUUGGGAAUGGGAGAUUCUAAAGUUAACCUGAAUUGGACGAAUUCUUACAAUCAAUUACCCAUCUUCCAACUGUCGAGGGUACGCACUUCAGAGAAAGUGAAAAAGCAUCUGCCACUUUGACCUUUGUAUACGUGCAUUCAUUUCUUAUUAAGAGCCGGAAAAAAACUAUAUAA